GAUGGCAAGCUGAGUUAUAGUUUAAUUGAGUAACUCGUAGCUUGAAAAAUUCUUUCUAGAAAAGGCUCAGAAAGAUAGGAUCUCCAUCACUGACGAUUGAUAUUGGCAUAUCGUGAAGCUUGAAGACAUUUUCGAUGAAGAGUCUUGCGAUAGUUGUAGCAAUUGAGGGAUGAGAGAGAGGAAUGAAAUAUGCAUACUUGGACAAUCGAUCAACUACUACCAUGAUGCAAUCCUUACCUUGAGAAAGAGGAAGACCAUCUAUGAAAUCCAUCGCGAUCUCUGUCCAUAUUCAUGAUGGUAUCCGUAAUGGUUGCAACAGUCCGACAGAUGGCAAGAAUAUCAAUCAUCUUUCUGGGAAUGGGGUUGCUGGAUUUUCAGAUGGAGAUCUGACAGAUGCGACAUUCAAUCAUCCACGAAGCUUCGCCGUUGAUUCAAAGGGGAAUAUUUAUGUUGCAGACAAGAACAACCAUGCAAUUCGCAAGAUUUCCAAAUCAGGCGUGACCACAAUUGCCGGCGGCAGCUCCAGCAAGACAGGGAAUGUCGAUGGGCCUGCUCAGAAUGCAACAUUCUCAACUGAUUUUGAUCUAACCUUCAUUCCGAAAACAUGCGUCUUGCUGAUUUCAGAUCGAGGCAAUAGUUUGAUUAGGCAGAUCUAUCUGAAAGCAGAGGAUUGUGCUCAUGAGUCGCGAUUAGAGUUGGGCGUGCCGUUAGUCUGUGUGGUAGGAGUGCUAUGUUUGCUCGUGGGCUCGAUUGUAGGGUUUGUGGUUCGUCCAUUUCUCACCUCUCGUGACAUAUCCAGCCACAACGACGGCCUCAACAAGAUCUUGAAGCAUUGCCGAACGAAUCUGAAGGGACAAGUACAGAUAGCCUGCUCCGACAUCAGAAACGCAGUUGCUAGAUCGACCCCUUUCAUGCUCUUAAGCAGACUCGUCAUGUUAGGCCUAUCAGAUGUCUUCCUUAUUUUUGAAGUCUUUAGACCUCGUAAAGUAGUAAACCCGAGUCAGCAUGCAGAACCCAUCUCAUUGCUUGAUUCGGAUAUUGUCGGUAACACGGAAAAGCAGCAAGAUUUUGCAGAUCAGUUGGAGGAUUUGGUUAGCUUUGAUGAUGCUUUAAAGAUGGAGAAAUCUAUUGAGAGAGGAGAUGGAGAUGAGAAAGGUGAUACUUCAACCCUAGAUAAGAUGAUAGAAGAUAAUAUCUUGUGUUUCUCCAACCCGACUAUGAAGCAGGAAGGCCUGCUGAAGGGGGUUUUAGGUGGUAGUAUAGGUUUAGCCAAAAGAAGGGGCAUAGAAGCUGACAAUGGUCAUUGAACAUAUGUUAUGUUUUGGACAACGACACGUUCAUGUUGUAAACAUGUGAUGAGAUGCUUUAAAAAUAGCAAAAACUGAUGUUUAAAAAAAGUA